CUUGGAGCUGUCAAGAUGUCAUUGCUGCAGCCGCAGACGCGUUACCAGCUGCUGGCCACUAUUAUAGUCAACAUUAUAACCUUUGCACAUGGCGUGGGCGUGGGCUGGCUGUCGCCCACUCUGACCACAAUACAAACGGCGCAAUCGCCGCUGGACUUUCAGGUUAAUAUCGAUGAAGUUUCCUGGCUGGGCUCCAUGCUGGGUCUGGGCAGUCUAUGUGGCAAUUUAACAAUCGCUUUGCUGUUGGAGCGCAUGGGCCGCAAGUUUUGCAUUUAUUUGCUGGCAGGACCUUAUGCGUGCCUGUGGAUAUUGAUAUAUAGCGCUGAGAAUGUGGGUUAUCUAUAUGCUGCGCGCUUUCUGUGCGGCUUCACUGGUGGUGCGGGCUAUGUGGUGGUGCCAAUUUACAUUAGCGAACUGGCCAACAGCAGCAUACGCGGCGCUUUAACAUCGAUGGUCAUGCUGUCGGUCAACUUGGGCAUACUCGUGGGCUAUAUACUGAGCAGUUAUCUGCCGUAUCAUGUGGUGCCCUUUCUGGGCAUACUGCUGCCCAUUGCGUAUUUUCUGGCCAAUCUCAUGCUGCCCGAAACGGCGCCGUAUCUACUAAUGCAAAGUCGCGCAACUGCAGCGGAGGCAUCCUUCAGAUACUACAACAAUCAACAUGGCGCUGUGGAGUCGGCCAACAAGGCGGACUUUGAGCAGCUACGCGCGGCCAUUGAAGCGCGAGAAGCUGAGCGUACAAGCGCUGUGAGCUACAAGGACUUGCUGACGCGUCCUGCUUUAAAAGCAAUGGCCGCGGCUACUGUUUUGUCCUUGGGCUAUCAGUUCAGUGGCGUGUUUAGCUUCAUUAACUAUAUGUCGGCCAUAUUCACUGCGUCUGGUGCGGUGCUGGACGUAAACAGCAGCACCAUUAUCAUAGGCGUAGUGCAAAUUGUGGGCGUGUAUUCAUCCACACUGCUGGUGGACAUUAUAGGACGUCGCAUACUGAUGCUGAUUUCCACACUGGGCGUGGCCCUGGGCUGCUUUGUUUUCGGCCUGUUUACAUAUUUCGCGGCGCAAAGUGAUUUAAGCGCUUUCAAUUGGCUGCCGCUGCUGCUGAUGGUGCUGAUUGUUUAUCUGGGCAAUAUCGGGCUAAUUGGCAUCUUCUUUGUGGUGCUCGUCGAGCUGUUUCCGGCCAAGAUACGCAGCGUGGCAACGUCGAUUUCUGUGGUGUUUCUAAGUCUGUUGGUAUUUGGCACUUUGAAGCUGUUUCCACUGCUGCUACAUCAUAUGGGCAUAUCUAUAACCAUGUGGUUCUCGGCCGUGUCUGCGCUGCUCACAUUUGUUUACUUUUUAUUGUUCUUGCCCGAGACAAAAGGCAAAUCUAUGGUCGAGGACUGAGCCGCAAUAAUAAAUCUC